CCGGGGAGCGGGGCACGGCCCGGGGCCUUGGGCUGGGGACGCCGAGGCUGGAGGCAGCGGGGACACCACGGGGCCGCCCCGUACCGGGGAGCCUUGGGCUGGGAGCGCCCGGGGUGCCGGGCCUUGGGCUGCGGUGGGGCAGCCGUCAGGGACCGCGGCACCGCCCGCCUCGUGUUUAGUCUCCGCAGCGGAAUGCGGCGGGGUGACCUUGGACCCUGCCCGGGAGCUGUGCCGCACGCAGCGCGUCCCGGCCAGGCACGGGGACGGUGGCAUGCGAGGCGGGAGGCGCUGCCCUCUCACCCCCUUUCUGCGCUGCCACGACGUCCUGUGCCAGCACAGCCGCCCGGUCCCCCGGCACCCACGGCGGGCAGGCCCGGGCAAGCUGUGCCGGGUGCAGGGGUGCCAGGCGGGGCCCAGCCUAAUCCCCCCAAGUAUGCCCCGGGCGGGCAUUCCUCUGGGGAUCACGGCGGGUGCAGCACCAGCCCCCUGCCCCGGCAGCCCGGCCUCGUCCUCCCCAUGCCCCGUGCUGCCCCGCGGCAGCCCCUAACGCUGCCCCACUGGUACAGCAUCGUGGGGUCCCUCCGCGCCCCCUGCCCCACUGGGGCCUGCCGUUCCCCCGGCACUCGCCGCUCCUGGCUCCCUGCUCCCCACAGCCCCGUGCCUGCUGGCGGGGGGGGUGUCUCUGCUUGUGCCACCUCCCUGCCUGGCUUCUGGGGCUGCCCGGCUCGCUCACCCCCGGCUCUGCAGGGGCUGGAGCCCAGGCUGGGGGCAGAGGCAUGGUGGGGACCCCCGAGGAUGUGCCGGUGAGUGGGGCAGGGGGUGCCAGGGCUGCUCCACCUGGCUGCUGCCCAGAGCCCCUGAGGCUGUCAGACCCGCUGUCCGUCUGUCUGUCCCCGGCUGUGUGGGUGGGGGUCACCCAGCCCAGCCUCUGCUCAGCUGGGUGAGGGUCCCAGGGCUCCUGCAUCUCCUCGCCGGCACAGACCAAGCUCCGCUGUCCGUCUGUUUGCCCCCCAUGGCCCCAUCCAUGGGUCCGACGGGGCUGGGGGCUGCCAGUGGGGCCGGUCCUGCCAGGCGGGCCGCUGUGGGGGUGGCUGCUCUGGCGCCAGGGCAACUGUGCUGGGCUUGGCUGGGCUCUCGCACCGGGGGCAGCUCUGCGGGGCUCGGCGGGGCCGGGGCGGUUGGGUCGUGAUGUGUUUGGCUGGGGCAGGGCCGGUGCUGCCGGGCUUGGCGAGGCUGUCCUGCACCGGGGGCGGUUGGGUUUGGCCAUGCGGGGCCGGUUCUGCCAGGCUUGGCGGAACAGCGUGGGGCUGGUAGGGCCGGUGCCGCCGGGGUCCUGGGUGGGACUGUUUUUGCAACCGUGGCCUCGGUGUUCUUUGGAAGAAGCUCCCGUUUCCCUUGGCGGGGGCAGGUUGGACAGCCGGGGGGGUGGGCGCCGCGCUGCCGAGCCCAGCCCAGAGGGAGGAGAAGGUUUAAGGGGACGUUCCUCAACCAGCCUGCCCCCCCCUGCACCGGGUCCUUGAGGCUGAGACAGAGCGAGCGAAGGUCCCUGCAGUGUCAGGUGCAGCUCCCGGCCGCCGCUGACACCCGUCCCUCCUCCCGCAGCUCUGGGUGCCGGGGAGAUGCCGGCCAGGACCUGCUGCCGGGGUGGCUGCCGGGGUUCGGCAUGCCCAUGAGGCUGACGGGGCGCAACCGGGGUGGGCGGCCAGGCAGCGGUGGCUCCGGCGGGACAGUGGCAAUAGGAGACGCUCACCAUGGAGUUCACGGCGAUCGACUACAGCAUCUUCGCGCUGCUGCUGGUGCUGUCGUCGGCCAUCGGACUCUUCUACGCGCUGAGCGGGGAUCGGCAGCGCACGGUGCAGGAGUUCCUCCUGGCCAACCGCAACAUGGGCUUCCUGCCUGUCGCCCUCUCCCUGCUGGCCACCUUCCAGUCGGCCGUGGCCAUCCUGGGUGUGCCGAGCGAGAUCUACCGCUUUGGCACCGAGUACUGGUUCCUCGGCUGCUCCUAUUUCCUGGGGCUGCUCAUCCCAGCUCACGUCUUCAUCCCCGUCUUCUACCGCCUGCGCAUCACCAGCACCUACGAGUACCUGGAGCUGCGCUUCAACAAGACGGUGCGGGUCUUCGGCACCAUCACCUUCAUCUUCCAGAUGGUCAUCUACAUGGGGGUGGUGCUCUACGCGCCCUCGCUGGCCCUCAACGCAGUGACGGGCUUUGAUCUCUGGAGCGCGGUGCUCACCAUGGGGCUGGUCUGCACGCUCUACACUACACUGGGCGGGCUGAAGGCCGUCAUCUGGACGGACGUCUUCCAGACACUGGUGAUGUUCGCGGGGCAGCUGGCCGUCAUCGUGGUGGGCGCCCAGCGCGUGGGCGGCAUGGCCCGUGUCUGGCGCCUGGCCAAGCAGGAGGGCAAGAUCUCCGGCAUCGACCUGGACCCCGACCCCUUUGAGCGGCACACCUUCUGGACGCUGGCGGUGGGGGGCGUCUUCAUGAUGCUGUCGCUGUACGGGGUGAACCAGGCGCAGGUGCAGCGGUACCUCAGCGCCCGCAGCGAGCGGGAGGCCAAGCUCUCCUGCUACGCCGUCUUCCCCUGCCAGCAGAUCGUCCUCUGCCUCAGCUGCCUCACCGGCCUCGUCAUGUUCGUCUACGACCGGGAGCACCCGCUGGGGCAGGCCCAUCAGCCCAGCUCCCCCGACCAGCUGGUGCUGUACUUCGUGAUGGACGUGCUGCGGGACCUGCCGGGGCUGCCCGGGCUCUUCGUCGCCUGCCUCUUCAGCGGGUCCCUCAGCACCAUCUCCUCCGCCUUCAACUCGCUGGCUACGGUGACGAUGGAGGACCUGGUCCGGCCGCACUGCCCCAGGCUGUCGGAGUCACAGGCCACGCUGCUCUCCAAGCUGAUGGCUUUCGGCUAUGGGUUGCUCUGCCUGGGGAUGGCCUACGUGUCCUCCAUGCUGGGCCCCGUGCUGCAGGUGGCCAUCAGCAUGUUCGGCAUGGUGGGGGGCCCGCUCCUGGGGCUCUUCUGCCUGGGCAUGUUCUUCCCCUGUGCCAACCCCACGGGUGCUGUCGUGGGGCUGCUGGCGGGCCUGGCCAUGGCCUUCUGGGUGGGCAUCGGCAGCAUGCUGAGCAACAUGGGGGGCACGGGGGGGGCCUCCCCGCCCAACAGCACCGCGCUCCUCUCUGCCGGCAACUUCACCACCGUCCUCAACACCACGCUGCUGGCCCCCACAGCGGCCCCCCAGAGCCCCACGGGGCUGCAGAAGUUCUACCGCCUGUCCUACCUGUGGUACAGCGCCCACAACUCCACCACCGUCAUCCUGGUAGGGCUCCUGGUCAGCCUGCUCACCGGCCCCACGCCGGCAGCGGCCGUGGACCCCCGCACCAUCUACCCCGUGCUGCCGCGCCUGCUCUGCUGCCUGCCCCACAAGUACCGGCAGAGGCUCUGCUGCGGGGUGGGGGCUGCCCAGGACACCGACCGGACGGACACCGCGGAGAAGAGCAAAGGGUUGGCAAACGGCCUGGCCCCCCCCGGGCGGCGGGAGGAAGAGGAGGGACAGGGCUACAUCCGCUCAGCCGGGGCCCCUGCCUAUGCCCUGCAGGAGACUUCCUUCUGAUCCCCACCCUGGCAUGGGGGUCCCGGCCCCCCCUGCCCCCUUCCCCGGCGCCCCCCACCCCGCGCGGGGCACCCACGCUCAGCCGGGGAGCACCAAAUGACCGGGACGGGGCCGGGUCCCCGCAAGGGGGGCUGGCCGGGCUCAGGGACCUCUGCCUGUGCCCACACCGGGGCCGCUACCCCCUGGCCGGGGGGGCUCUGGGACCAUGGGUGGGGGGGAGUCGCAGCGGCGCCCUCCCCCCCCGGCCGGGACACUACCCGGUGCCCCGGCCACGUGCCUUACCACACCGCUCCCGGGCCGGGGGCCGCCUGGACCCCCAGGGUGCUGAGCACCGCCCCCCGUCACCCAUUUCCGUGUUUGUGGUUCCCCCAAUAAAUGGUUCUGGAGCGCA